AUCACAUAACAGAUUUUCUGUCGCAUUUUCUCUUACUGUUUUUUUAUAGCUCUUUCUGUCACACAUUUAAAUGCCAUGUAGAAUUCGGUUAGAAUUGGCGGGAGCAGACGUUUAGCUGUACAUCAGCUGUAUAGAAUCGAAGUGAAAAGCUGUGUAAAAAAAAAUAGAUAGUGAGAAGUGUUCAGUGCUCAGUGGUGUUCAGUGACUGAGUGGAAAUUAAUAUUAACUGUCGAGGAGAAUCUUUGUUCAGAGAAUAGUUGAUCUGUAUAAAUUUUAAUUAUAAGAUUUAUACAGAUUUUCUAUUCUCUUCUAGAAGCACCUUUAAUCUUAGCUUUGUUGCAGGUGCAGCUUCUUGGAAGAUACAGAUAAUAAAAUAUAAGGAAAGAGGAUGUCAGCUUCUAAAUCAAGUUUAUGGUGUGUCGUAAAGGAGUGUAACAAUACUACGGAGAAAAGACACUUCUUUUUAUUUCCAAAGGAAUAUGAUAGAUGGUUGCAAUGGAUACAUGCAUGUGGAAGGUAUGAUUUAGAGGUAAUGGGUCCCGAAUACGCUCAUCGCAACUAUCGACUGUGCCACUUGCAUUUUGAAGAAAAGUGGUACAAAAUAGGCAAAAGUAGAGCCAAUCUUCAUCCUGAUGCAAUACCAACUAUAUUUUUUGGAACAAACAAUACAUCUGUAACAUCAGAAAAUGUUGGAAAUAUAGUUGAGGCUUGUCAAAAAGAAGAAACAAGCAGCAAUAUCCAGUCAACAGAAAUAUUGCCCAUGGAUACCUAUGCCGACAUUGCUAAACCGAGUACAUCCAGCAAUACUGAUUUAUCAACUGUGACAGAAAGUCCGAGGAAGAGGAAAUUAAAAGACCGAAAUUUAAAGUUAAAGGCAGAAAAUAAAAUGCUGCGAGAAAGAAUUAGACGGCUUCAAAAGAAGAUCGAAAAAUUGAAAAAUAUAAGAAAAAAUAAGGAAGAUGUCAAGGAACAUGAGAGUCUUCGUCAGUUAGGUUGUAAGUUACUACCUCCAAAUGUGGCACAAUUAUUAUCUGCACUGGGAGAGAAGAUAUAAUCCACAUAUAUUAUAUUCACGUUCAUGUUUUAUUAAUGUUUAUGAUUUAAUAUUUAUUGCUUUAUUUUUUAGGAUUAAGAUGUUUUAAAACUGAUUAUGUAUUUCUCGGGUGCGAUGUGGUCUGCAUUCUUUUCCUUUACUGUCACUAUUUCUUUUUUAUUACUGGUGCAACUGUGUGUGUAAGAUAAGGUGCAUUAGAAUGUAAGAUAAAAUAUUAAUUUUUUUUAUCUUUUUUUUUCUUUUUUUUACAUAAAUAGGUAUUCCUGUUUCUUGUGCCAAGAAUUAUAAUAGCUGCAUUAAUAAAUAGAAAACUACAAGAAGAAGAAGAAUUGUAUAAAUACUACUAUUAUAUAUAAAAAGUUUGAAAU